AUGGAAGAGAUGAUUUCUGUAGCUACAACAGAAACUAUUUCUAAACUUCAAUACAGGCAGGAUACCAUUGGAAUUUUCAAUGUAGAUGUGACUCAAUUCAAUAUUCAUUUAUCUGUUAAUAAUUUACGGGAUGACUCCGAUUUGACAUCAUCCCGAAUAAAUAUUACUCCUUCGUCUAACAACAACAAUAUCAAUAAUCAUAGGAAAGAAGAUCGUGUCAAACGUCCAAUGAAUGCAUUUAUGGUAUGGUCACGUGGUCAACGUAGACGUAUGGCACAGGAAAAUCCUAAAAUGCAUAAUUCUGAAAUAAGUAAACGUCUUGGUUCAAUGUGGAAAAGUUUAUGUGAAUCGGAUAAAAAGCCAUUUAUUGAUGAAGCAAAACGUUUAAGAGCUAAUCAUAUGGCACAAUAUCCCGAUUAUAAAUAUCGACCAAGACGUAAGCAUAAACCAUUGGACAGGCAAAAAAAGAAUUCCUCUUCAUUGACAGCUUCAAUUAUGGGUGGUUAUUUAAACAAUACCAUAUCUGGUUCACGUAUUAGUGGUGUUCCUAGUGUUGGAAGUGUACCACUGACUCAUUCAAGUAGAAAUAUUCCCAACUUAUUUGAUCCUUUAACCACAUCAUCAUUACAGACACAAAAUCAUUUUGGUCAACCUAUUCAUAAACAUGAACAUCAUCAUCAUCAUCAUUAUCAACAACAACAACAACAACAACAACAACAACAUUUACAUGGAUUAUUCAAUUCAUCUCAUCAACGUGUAUCAUCAUCGUCAUCAUCAUCAUUAUCUCAUCCAUAUUUAUCAGUGAAUCAGUCAACAAAUGAUAUACCGCAUCCGAUUACUGGUUUAGUAAAUAAUAAUAAUAAUAAUAAUAAUUCAUCAUUGCCUGGAUCACAACAACAAUCAUUUGAUUUUCAAUCAGUAAACUUAUCAAAUAAUUCACAUAAUUUUUCAACAAAUUAUUUACAGUCCAACAUGAUGAUGCCUUAUUGUACGAGUGAAUUUCAACUGAAUGAUAAAAAUGUUAGUUUACGACAAACACUAUUCGGAUCUGAUACAAAUGCAUCAGCUUCUGCAUCAGCUACUACCACAACGCCAUAUGAACAGCGUACAUCAUUUUGUUCACAGUCAUCAUUAUAUGCUGGUCGACAGAUUUCUGGACAAUACAGAGAUGCUACUACAAAUAACAACAACAACAACAACAACAACAACCGUAAUACUACCGGUAGCAGUAAUUGUGUUAGUAAUAGUAGUAGUAGUAGUAAUAGUGGUAACUAUUCUAGACUGUUAGCAGGACAAGAAUCAAUUUAUACAUUGGAACAAAAUUUAUUCACAAAUCAAUGCAAUCCUUCUCCGUUUCUAAAUAGAAAUGAAGAUAAAUCAUUGGAACUUUUUCAAAACACAUCAUCUAUUAUAAUGAAUAAUAAUAGUUCCGGUCAACAGUUAUUACCAACCGAUAUGUCUAGUCCAUUUUCAGCUGUGGCUGCAGCGGCUUUAGCUGCCGCAGCUGCAAGCGAUACAACGUCUGAACAAAAUACCGAAGUUCAUAAUCCAAAUUCCAUGGCCAUUAUGCAACGUUUAGGCAACACGCCAUGGUCCAUGUUUUACUCAAGCAAUGGAAAUAUGAUGAAUCAGAUGAAAACAACUGAACAACGAUCACUUGUUAAUCAAUCAACCGUUAGAUCAAAUCAAACAGGCGGAUCAAGUUUAGAUUCUCCACCACCUUUUUCAAUUGGACGCAGUGGAUCGAGUACACCAAUCAUGAAUAAUAUCAAUCAUACUACUAAUACUACUACUACUACUACUACUGCUACCAAUAGUACUAUAAAUAUUGCUAAUAAUGGUAAUAAUAGUAAUGCUAAUUUCCCUUGUAUAACAACAUCAACUUCAAUAGCAAAUGGUAAUCCACAUGGUGCAGCAGCUGCUAUGAUGGCAGCUGUAGCAGCAGCCAAUUAUGCAGCAUCCCAAUUAGCAUAUUAUGGUAGUAAUGGAAAUACAACAUCAAGUAUGGAUCAACAUCAUCAACAUUUUCAUGCACAACAACAACAACAACACCGCCACCAACAACUUCAACAUUCACAACCAUUAUUUCCACAACAUUUAAACAAUGCAUAUCAUCAUACAGGUUGGUUAAAUAAAAACAAUAAUCACGAAAAUAACAAUGUACAAAAUCCAACACUUCGAUCUGCUUCAUCAGCAUGGUCAUCAAUGUAUAGAAAUGAAUGUGAUCCAGUGGAUAUUGCAAGAAAUGAUAUAAGCACAUCUUACACAUCUAGUCUACAAUGUGAUGCUCAUGGACGAAAUAAUAACAAUAACAAUAUACUGUCACAAUUUCAUGUCAAUCGAAAUACACCAUCAUCAUGGUUGGAACGUCUUGAUCCGCAACCACACCAUUCCAACCAUGAUCAACAACAACGUUCACAUUGUUUUUCCAGUCAUAGAAUAUUACCUAAUAUUACUGAACUAGGUAGUAUGACCAGUUAUAAUACCGGUAGUCGAGAUCACUUGAAUGAAUCCUCUUCCAAUGUACAAAAGAAUUAA